UACAGCUGAACCCAUGUUUUUACACAUCUGGUGUGGGAUGAAAGAAUGGGUUAACACAAAAGAAUAUUUGUUUAAGGAAACUUUUAUUCAGUCAUUCAUCUUCAAUAACCAGUUUAUCCUGGUCAGGGUCACGGUGGAAUCAGAGCCCAUCCCUGGAAUACUGGGCUCAAAGCGUGAGAAUUCACCCUAUAUGGGACACCAGUCCAUUGCAUAUGUUACAGAACUUUGUGCAAUGUCCCAAUUAUUUAUUUCAUGAAUAAAUUUUUGUCUCAGAAUUCUUAUUAUAUAAUAAUAAUAAUAAUAAUAAUAAUGAUAUAUGGUAUAAAGAAACAUGUUGUACUGUCAUUUGCUUAUCGUACAUUGGUUAAGAUCUAACACACAGUAAUUUGCAUUAAUAAGGCCAAGAGGUUCCUUGCUGUGAGCUAAGCCGUGUGUCACACUAAGUCUGCAUCUCACACCUAAUGCCAUAGGAAAUCCAAAGUUGUCACUCUAAUGGAUCAAAUCAAGAUCCAAACCAUGAUCCCUUGUAAUCCAGAGCAAAACAGUCUAGCUUUAAAUAGCGGUUGUGAUUAUGUCAGUCUGUUUACUGAAGCUGAGCAAAGAGACCAUUCUCAAGAUGGGCAACAGUAAAAGUAGUGCUCUGUCUAAAGACCUACUGGAGGACCUAAAGUCCAACACUACGUACACAGAAGAGCAGCUUUAUGCCUGGUAUCAGGCCUUCCUGAAAGAGUGCCCGAGCGGAUGCAUCAGCAGGGAGCAGUUUGAGGGCAUCUACGCCAGGUUCUUUCCCAAUGCAAACCCGAAGGCCUACGCCCAGCACGUGUUCCGAAGUUUCGACUUGGACAGUAAUGGCACGCUUGAUUUUAAAGAGUAUAUUGUGGCACUGCAUCUCACGUCCUCCGGGAACACUAUUGAGAAGCUCGAGUGGGCCUUCGCCUUGUACGAUGUGGAUAAGAAUGGCAGCAUAACAAAAAAUGAGAUGAAUGACAUUGUCAAGUCAAUAUUUAACAUGAUCUCUAAAGAGGACCAGAAAAACCUCCCCCAUGAUGAAAACACACCUGAAAAAAGAACAGAAAAAAUCUGGAACUUUUUUGGGAAAAAAGAAAAGGAUAAAAUUACAGAAGGAGAGUUCAUUCAGGGAGUGAUGGAUAAUAAGAACAUCCUCAGACUGAUCCAGUUUGAUGAACCUCAGAAGAUUCAAAACAGACUGAAACAAAAGAAGCAAUAGUGCUUGCAGUGUUGUUUGGCCAGUUUUUAAAAUUUUCAGUUUUUAAUUGAUUGAUUUUGGAAUUUUCAUGAUUUUUUUGUUUUGUGUUUUUCUGUCCAUUAUUUAUGACUACACAUUACCUUUCUUUCAUUAAAUAGAUUGCCACACUGCA